CGAUUCGUCGAGUCAACAUGUUUACUUGUUUAGUGUUUGUUGCUGUCCUCACGUGUGGUGGAUGGUGUGUUCACUGUUUACACUUCGGUGUAGGUUAGCCGAGUGUUAUGGAUGCGGAGGACUUGUUCCGUAAACUUUCAAAUGGAGCGAAGUUUGAUCUAAAGAAAUUUCAAUACGAUGCACAGAAACUUCAGGUUAUAAAACCGAAGCAUGUUGUUGGCCCCUUCCCUAUACAGAUUAACUCACAAAAUGACGUUCAGCACAAGAAACUAGACUAUGAAGAGCUCACGCAACCACAAGAAAGUUUAUCAACUGAGCUGAAAUUGAUUGGUUCUAUAACAACUGAUGGCAACAAGAAAAAGCAUCUGAGUAAUAAGGACAUAAGAAAUAAAGAAGCUGUUCUUAAUCAGGAGAAGAUAAAUAGGUUCCGAAAUCAACAGAAAAUAUCAGUAAAAGGACAUGAUGUACCUCCACCAAUUGAAAAUUUUGAACAGUUGGUAACAGAAUAUGGAGUUGGACAAGAUAUUGUUGAUAAUAUUAAAAAUCUGGGCUACUCUGUCCCCACACCAAUCCAGAUGCAAGCAAUACCUGUAAUGCUGAAGAACCAGCAGAUUUUGGCUUGUGCACCAACAGGAUCUGGAAAAACUGCUGCUUUCCUUGUGCCUCUCAUCCAUCACCUUAAAGGGCCAAGACGGAAAGGUUUCCGUGCAGUUGUUGUCAGUCCAACAAGGGAACUAGCUAAACAGACUUACAGAGAAUGUUUGAAACUGUCUGAAGGGAGAAACCUAAGGAUCCACAUUAUCAGCAAAGCCAGUCUAGCUGUGAAGAAGUUCGGUCCAGAAUCUUCUAAGCGGUUUGAUAUACUUAUCACUACACCAAAUCGGCUAGUGUAUUUGCUGCAGCAAGAUCCUCCUGUUAUCUCACUUGCUAAUGUUAAAUGGUUGGUCAUUGAUGAAUCAGACAAGCUGUUUGAGGCCAGUGAAGAUGGCUUCCGCGACCAGCUAGCUGUUAUCUACCGAGCCUGUGAUUCAGAAAAUGUGCGGCGUGCACUUUUCUCUGCAACACACACCCCAGAUGUUGCUCGUUGGGCCCACAAGAAUCUGAAAGGACUUGUUUCUGUCACCAUUGGGCACAGAAACACGGCUGCAGAUAUUGUGGAGCAGCAGUUGUUGUUUGUGGGCACUGAGGCAGGGAAACUUGUUGCCUUCAGAGAUAUAGUAAGAAAGGGACUUACUCCACCCGUGCUGGUUUUUGUCCAAACAAAAGAAAGAGCCAAGGAAUUGUUUAACGAAUUGCUUUAUGAUGGGAUCAAUGUUGAUGUCAUACAUGCAGACAGAACGCAGCUGCAGAGGGACAAUGUUGUACAAAGCUUCCGAAGAGGGGAUAUUUGGGUCCUUAUCUGCACAGAACUAAUGGGACGAGGUAUUGACUUCAAAGGAGUAAACUUAGUCAUCAAUUAUGACUUUCCUCCUAGUGUCAUCUCCUACAUACAUCGGAUAGGUAGAACUGGGAGAGCUGGAAAUCCAGGGAAAGCUAUCACAUUUUUCACAGAAAGCGAUACAGUGAAUCUCCGAAGCAUUGCUCAAAUGGUUCAAGAUUCAGGGUGCGAGGUACCAGAAUACCUACUUAAACUUAAGAAAUCCAGUAAAAGGGAUCGGCGUAAACUUGAAAAGAAAGCCCCUCAACGAGAACGGAUAUCUACUGUUCCACUUUGUGAUAUUGAGAAGCAGAAAAAGUUGCAACAGAAGAUUCGGGCCAUAAAAAGAAAGAAAAAGGAAGGCAACGAAGAUAGACCACAAGCAUCUAAGCAGAAAAAGCAAAAACUUUAAUGUUUAUAAAGUUGUAAAUAGACAGCACGAAGUUAUUUGUUGCAAUGUUGGUAAUAUCUACUGUUAACAAAUACAAUUUUGUGUUUGCUGUAAAAGUUUUUCGUUGCACCUUGGAUACUGAAAGGCAGAUGCUAUUUUAAAUAAUAAAUAUCUGUACACAGCAGACAAGUUCAGCUAUCAUUUCAGCAAAUGUGCGUAUUGAAGUGCAGUUUCAUUAUCUGGGCUCCAGUUUUAUGUUCACAUAACUGUAUUGUGAAUGAAACACUGAGAUUUAGGAAUAUACACUGUAUUUGAAACUUCCUGGCAGAUUAAAACUGUGUGCCCGACCGAGACUCGAACUCGGGCAGAAGUAAAGCUGUGAGACCGGGCGUGAGUCGUGCUUCAGUAGCUCAGAUGGUAAAGCACUUGCCCGCGAAAGGCAAAGGUCCCGAGUUCGAGUCUCGGUCGGGCACACAGUUUUAAUCUGCCAGGAAGUUUCAUAUCAGUGCACACUCCGCUGCAGAGUGAAAAUCUCAUUCUGGAUACACUGUAUUUGUUGAUCACAUGAUGAAUUGUAUACUACAUUUCACUAUAACUUUGUUCCACAUUUUAUUUCAAAUAAUUUCAAAUAACAAGGUAGUACAAUGUAACGAACGUGAAAAUAGUUUGCGGUUAAGAAAUUUCUGAAUACCCAGUGCUUUGACAAUGUAAUAAGAUUUGGAAGGUCCAUUAAUGGAACUGUGAUCAGAAACGUGUAUUUACUGAAAGAAAAGCAGAGU